AGAACGGUCGUGUCGCGAUCAAACUUCCCUGUGACUCCGUACGGAAUUGUUAACGUAUCAUACUAAAUAUUAAUCGAGCGCUGAUUUUGAACUGUAGUGUAUAAAUGCAUCCGUGAAAUUGGUGUGAGAUGGCGAUAUCGUUGCAGUCGACCCAAAACUCUAGAGGUGUGUCUGUAAGGUCACUAUCGAGUAUGCGUGAAGAUUCACUGCCGAUGCUGGCAGAGAGAUUGCUGGCAAGUCGAGCGGCGGCGCUGGUAGCUGGUCUUCCUGCAGAGCUUUACUCUGGAGCUCUUCUUGCUGCAUGGCCUCCAUCACCCCCUGCGCCAUUAUUGCCUCCUCAGGCACCAGAGAUAGAACGUGCCAGAAAAAGAAGAAGAACUCCCAAGAUAGAUGAUUCCACAUCAGCACCACCCUCACCUCCAUCAUCCGGCUCUUCUCCAGGAGCGGCAGACCCACCUCGUGACAAACUCUUCACAUGCAAAGUCUGCUCGCGUUCAUUUGGCUACAAGCAUGUUCUGCAAAAUCAUGAACGCACUCACACAGGAGAGAAGCCUUUCGAAUGUGGAGAAUGUCACAAACGCUUCACCCGCGACCAUCAUCUUAAAACUCAUCUACGCCUACAUACUGGCGAGAAGCCAUACAGCUGUCCACAUUGUCCACGCCAUUUUGUACAAGUUGCAAACCUGCGGAGACAUUUGCGUGUCCAUACGGGUGAGCGACCUUAUGCUUGCGCUCGCUGCCCGGCGCGCUUUUCCGAUUCAAACCAAUUAAAAGCGCACGCUUUAGUCCACGAGGGUGAUGCGCAGUUUGCGUGUCGCUGUGGUGCCAGAUUUAGAAGGCGACAAGCGGCCGCUCUACACCGCUGUCCCAGUGGCUGCGAAGCUGACACCCCGAGUCCUCCAGCUGCUAUGGCUGCAGAUUGGCGUUGGGACGAUUGGCCCGAACAAACAGAGCCAGAAGAUUUGUCUCUCCCACGAAGGCCGGCCACGCCGGAUUCGCCAACUGACCUGCGCGUGCACACUAUGUAGUGGGCGCGCACCUGAGGCCUCGCGCCGCGCGCUCCUGAGCCGGUAUACGAGUUCCUUUCGCGUAGAGCCACGCCUCCGAUAACUUCUUCAUUACCGUCUUACGCAUUCGAUGUUCAAAACCCAAAUUGUAAAAUGAACUAAAACUUUCCACGAAGAAAUAUGCUUUGCAGUUUGUCGAAAAAAUUGUAACGGCCACACGUCGUCUUUUGUCGAUAAUUCCCGGUAAGGCUACCGGCGUAGUCUCUCUGGUAGGUAGUGAGCUAUUCACUUUUUACGAUAACAAAUAAAAUAUUCGCAAUGUUCGUCGUAAAAAUGUUUUUCAACCGUGUUACAGUUUAGAGUUUUAUUGUCGUACCAUUUGCAUAAUCGCAGAGCGAUGGGAUGCAAAAACAAGACAGUUUUUGUUUAUUGUCCUAUUGCUAAGAAAAAGUAUGUUGCACAAAAGAUGUUUUUGAUUUAUCGCUCUUUUGUUCUAGAAAAAAUAAGCACGUUAUGCAAUAUUGAUCUCGAAUUGGUACUCUUCAUUGUUGGAACGUUUAUUAACCGGAAUAAGUUUCUCGUCUCCGAGAAGGUCGCGACAUUGCCUUAUUAUUUCAGUAACAAAGGCUUGUUAACAAUCAGUGAUUAAGAAGUAUUGAUUCGGGUGGCAGUUCCGUUCGUUUGACAAAGUCGAGGCUAUUGUAUGAUCCCUCAUCUAGCCCGCCUCAGAUCUGAACCAGUUUCUACGUAUCACCCUUAUUAUAACAUAAUACUGUAAACUGUUUACUUCAUUGUACUUUAAAUUUUUAACGUUUGAAACUAUUAUUAAGUUCAUAUUUCACAGGAACUCUUAUAAUCUCGAAAUUGAUUCAUCAUUAUAAGGGAUAAUUAUUGAUAUUCAACCAGGGUUGCAACGAAUGUGUAAGACGUUAAAUAAGAUUGAAAAGAGCGCUGCGAGCUUUGUGUAAAUAACGCUAUGUUUACGUAAAUUAUUUAUUUUAUUUAUAUUAGUUAAUAAAUAUUUAAUAUUCGUGGUUUAUUCUACCAAUGUAAAUAAGAAACCAAGUCAUCAAUGUACAUGGGUGUACAACUGACUUAAUCUUAAUUAUUAUAGUUUCGUGUUGUCAAAGUAUGGCUGUCUAUAGUUAAUAAUACUUGUAAUUAUAAAUGCUUGCAAAACGAGCCAUAUUUAACUUAAAUUGUUGUGAAAACUUGUAAAUGUUUGAAGAAAACCUUUAAGCAAAUAUAAAUGUACAUAGUUGAUUGGUUAUUAGCAUUAUCUGUGCGUUCGGUGCAGUUUUUGAUGUUAGGAGUAAAAUUAUACAAAGUAAGUUGAGAUGAUUGUCGUAUUUUCGAUAACUAUGUAAUGCAAUUUGUUUUACGGGUAUUAGUUUCCUACUAGAGGUAGUCUGAUUAUUUUCGUUUUUAAUUUAUAUUAAGUGGCUGUUUGUUUGAGCAACGUUCCAUUUAUUAUGGAUCGUCUAAGAUUGUAUAGAUUGUUGAUUAUUACUAUUUUAUUUUCGCUAGCUGUAAGUGUCCAGGAAAUAAGGGUUAAUCUAGGGUGUACUAAUAAGAAACAAAUCCCAAAGAAAUUAUUAGUACAAAGUUAAAUAUGUACAAGGAAAUUUCGGUUUAAAUAGAUUACAUACUGUUGCAAUGUUUAAUGAUAAUGAUUAUAGCAAUUUAUGUAGUUAGCGUAAUAUAAGUGCUUAACCAUAACUACCUCAUUAACAAGAUAUUACUGAAUCAGGGUAUACAGCCAAAUACUUCGAAUAUUUUCUAUAUCUUCUAUAUUGAUACUGUGCAAAAUAUUUAUGUCAGUGACUGAUUUGAUAAACCUUUUAAUUACAAUCCUAUCCUUAAUUGUUUUAAUUAGCUAAUACCUAAUUGCUAUUAUUUUGCAAUCGUUUUAAGUUCCUAUUACAUUUAAAUUGUUUCUUUUGUAUCAUUUACUUUGUUUUUAGUGUCGUAAGGUAAAGUUCUUAAUUUUUGUGCCAUUUUUGCGUAAUUUCAUAUCGAAGAAAUCAUGUGAUAAAAAGGUUUUCACAGAAAUACCUUUGUCUCCAAUAUUCAUUAUCUACCUCAAUGUCCAUUGACCGAAUCAACAUAAAAUACAUUAUAUACAUACAUACAACAGAUUUGUACAAAGAUAUUAUAAGAUUUUAAUUAAAGUGUCUCUGUAUUUGUAAGUAUUAUGAAUUUAUGUAUUCCUUUAUCGAUAUC